AGGGGUUGUUCUGCACAACAUACCGUUAGCGGGGUUUUGGCGAACAUCUUAGUCUAUGCUUUCUUCAAGUACUCAGCCCUCCGAGAUUUCACCAACAAACUGGCUUGUAAGAAAAAUUGAACCUUCCGACAUGGAGAUGGAAGAGAAAAAUGGCGAUUCCAAAUAUGGGGACCCACGGAAGUUUGACCCCACUUUUAAAGGCCCUAUUCAUAACAGGGGUUGCACAGACAUCUUGUGCUGCAUCCUUUUCAUCUUGGCCAUUGUGGGCUACUUUGGCGUGGGAAUUCUGGCUUGGUCGAGGGGUGACCCUCGUAAAGUCAUAUACCCCACCGACAGCACAGGGCAGUUCUGUGGGCAGGCAGGGACUGACCUGGAGAAGAAGCCUUUUCUGUUCUACUUCAACAUCCUGAAGUGUGCCAGCCCACUGACGCUCCUGGAGUUCCAGUGCCCUACCCCACAGAUUUGUGUGGAAUCAUGUCCGAAUAAGUUCCUGACGCUGGCGAAUGCACGUCUUAAAACUGACGACAUGGCCUAUUACACGAAGUUCUGCAAGAAUACAGAGUUGUCCAUGCUGAGUGUCACAGAGAUUCUGAGGGAUCGCCUCUGUCCUGGGAUGAUCUUUCCAAGUAAAAACUUCUCUCGCCGCUGCCUGCCAGACCUGGGGACGAAGAUGGGAGGAGUCGUCGUCAUCGGUGAGAAUACAACCAGCUACAUGGAUGAGAACGAUGUGACCCACAAUGCUAAUGAUCUCUUGGAUGCUACAAAGAAGUCAAACAUUGCUACGGAAACACGACAGGUUUUCAUGAGGGUCUUUGAAGACUACACUCAGUCCUGGCACUGGAUCCUGAUCGGUCUCGUUAUCGCAAUGGUCGUCAGUCUGAUCUUCAUCGUGCUGCUGCGCUUCCUGGCAGGCAUCAUGGUCUGGGUCAUGAUGGCCAUGGUCAUCGUCGUCAUUUUUUACGGGAUUAUCCAUUGCUACCUGGAAUACGCUGCUCUAAAAGGAACUCCUGGUGCUGAUGUCACCAUCCGCGACCUCGGCCUGCAGACAGACUUCUCUGUGUAUCUGCAUCUCCGGCAGACCUGGCUAGCAUUCAUGAUCAUCCUGGCCAUCGUGGAGCUGGUCAUCAUCAUCCUCCUCAUCUUCCUCAGGAAGAGAAUUCUCAUCGCCAUCGCUCUCAUUAAGGAAGCAAGCAGGGCCGUCGGUCAUGUGAUGUCCUCGCUGGUCUACCCUCUGUUGACCUUCUUCCUGCUGUCCCUGGUGAUCGCGUACUGGGCGGUCACUGCUGUCUUCUUGUCCACCUCCAACGAGGCCGUGUAUAAAGUGUUCAACACCAGUGAGUGUUCACACUCUCUGGAGCGUUGUGACCCAAAGACCUUCAAGGACUCCAACAUCACAGAUGUGUGUCGAGAUGCUGAGUGCCAGUUUGCCUUCUACGGCGGAGAGACCCUCUACCACAAGUACCUGAUCGUGUUCCAGUUCUACAACCUCUUCCUCUUCUUCUGGUGUGCCAACUUUGUAACGGCACUGGGGCAGGUGACCCUAGCAGGGGCUUUCGCUUCGUACUACUGGGCCUUUAAGAAGCCAGAGGACAUCCCUGCCUUCCCCAUAUUCGCCUCACUGGGAAGGGCUCUCAGGUACCACACAGGCUCUCUGGCAUUCGGCUCCCUCAUUCUGGCCAUCGUGCAGGUCAUCAGGGUCAUCCUGGAGUAUCUGGACCAGAAACUGAAAGGAGCUCAAAAUAGGUUUGCCAAAUUCCUGCUGAGCUGUAUGAAGUGCUGCUUCUGGUGCCUGGAGAAGUUCAUCAAGUUCCUGAACAGAAAUGCCUACAUCAUGGUGGCAAUAUAUGGCAAGAACUUCUGCACAGCAGCAAAGGAUGCUUUCUUCCUUCUAAUGAGGAACAUUGUCAGAGUGGCAGUGCUUGAUAAGGUUACAGAUUUCCUCCUCUUCUUGGGCAAGCUGCUCAUUGUUGGAAUUGUGGGCAUCUGCUCAUUCUUCUUUUUCUCUGGGAGAAUUAAGGGCAUCGAGGAUGCAGCCCCCAACCUUAACUAUUACUGGGUCCCAAUCAUGACCAUAGUAUUCGGCUCCUAUCUGAUUGCCCAUGGCUUCUUCAGUGUGUAUGCCAUGUGUGUGGACACACUAUUCCUGUGCUUCUGCGAGGACUUGGAGCGAAACGACGGCUCCACGGAACGGCCGUAUUUCAUGUCUCCCGAACUCCACGAGAUUCUGUCCAAGACCAAACCGGACGAGCCGGACGAGGGCUCGGCGGUGGUGCCGCCGAUGGAGGAGGAGGAGACCCCGCUGCAGCAGGUGGAGCAAGACGGGGAGGUGCAGGUGAAGCAGGAGGCCACCGUGAGGACGGCGCACGAGGAGGAGGAGCAGCAGCCGCUCACCCAGGAGGAGGCGCCGGCCGAGGAGACCACGCCGCCGCCACAGACGCUGUCGUCGGAGCCCGAGACGCAGACCGCCGUGCCGCAGGCCGCUCCUCUGCAGAACGGGAUUCUGGACGCAGAGUCCGAGGAGAACAAGGAGCCGGAGACGGCGCCUCAAGCGGCGGUGGCGGCGGCCGUGGAGGAGGAGGAGCAGGAUGAAGAGGAGAAGCCCAAGGAAAAUGGCCCGCAAGAAAUAGACACCCCACUUACGCCUCAGGAAUGAAUUCAGAAUCGGUCGUGAGUCAUUGACUUUCAAAGGGAUAUGACACUAUCAGGCGCGUUGGGAAAAGUCUGGAUAUAUCUUAUUUAAAUGGCUUGCUGUCGUAUGCUGUUUGUGUAGACUGGUAUGUACUGUAUCAGCCAAAUGUAAAAAGAUGUCCAGCUAUCAACACUUCUUGUAUGGGUAAGGUAAAAAUGCCAUAAGCUUGCCACUCUGAGUAGCUGUAGGACCAGAAUAGCAUUGUCUUGUAGUCUAGUCUGGUUACUGGGAAUUGCAGAAUUGAGCUUGUUCCUAUGUUAAGUACACUAUUAGGUAUAUGACAGUAUGCAGCCUUGUUACAAUCUCGUGACUCUAAAACUGUGGCAUUUGGGGAGGCAUGAUGAUGAGCCUUUUUAAAUAAAAGAACAGACCCGAAAACCACAUGCUAAGUUAUAGAACAGUUGGUACAAAACCAACUUGUAUUGUUUGUUAACAUUUUGUGUGUGUGUGUGUGUGCACUCGUACACAUGUGAGAGUGUUUUAUGUGAAGGAUGUACAUUUUUACUUCUGGUGCUGGAUCUGUGCCUACUCUCUGUGAAAGGUUGAUUGAUGUCUUAAUUGUGUUCUAGAGUGCACUAAUCUAAUGACGCUACGUUUACAAAAGGUACAAAAAAAAGGCAUAAUCCAGUUCUCCUGUGUUUACACUGAAACCAGCUGACGCCAAAUGGUGUAGUCCUUUUGUAUGAAAUUGUGGUAUAUACACUAACAAAGCCUGUUGGUUUGUAUAUAUAAAUGUAUGGAUUAAGUAUUGUGCUUAUUGUUGCUCCAAUCAAGUAAUGAUCUGAAGAAAACACCACCUUUUUGCCUUGGGAUCAUAGAUGGCGUUGACCACUGAAAUUGGACACUUGUCUGCCUUCAUCUGUCUCUUUCUACCUCUGUCUUUUUUGCUCUUUAUUGCAUGUUAGUCACAUGGUCUAUUAGUGCUCUAUUAAAACGCAUCUUUCUUCUACUGUAA